AGAUGAAAUUCUGGAAGACAGUCUUCGACAGAUACGAUGUGGACAAUUCCGGUGCCCUGGAUUUCGAGGAAAUCACCGAAGUGGUUCGGAACGAUUUGAAAAUCGCAGAACGUACCCUGACAAAGGUGGAAUUGAGGGACUUCUACUCACACCUGGAUGAGAACGACGAUCAAGUCGUUGAUUGGCAUGAGUGGCUGUCCUUUGUGUCCCAGGGGAAGCUUCGAGACAACCGGCUGAUCGAUCAGGUGAUGGCUGAGGUUGGCCGCGCCGUGCGCACAUCCUUGCGACGCCUUGGGUUGAAACCCUGCCAGGUCGAAGACAGGGUCAGAGCCGAGGCGAGUGACACUGUUGAUCAAGUGGGUUUCUUUCGCAUCUUUCGGAAGGGGUUGCGCAUCAACCGGCAGGAUUGCUCAGAUGACAACCUCAAGCGCACUUUCGCGAGCAUAGCUGACGGAGCCCUCCACAUGCGGCUGCAGCCCAUCUUGGACUUUCUGCAAAUUUCCUGCUUGGCAAAAACCAACAAAGAGAUUGGCAUGGGCACCACCUUCCCGGGCCUCGUGGGCGGCAUGCGCGGCAUACUGCCUGCCAGGAUGCCAAAGAAUCGACCAGGGACUUUCCCCUUGGGUGGCACAGUGAGUGGCCCGACCACCGUGCCCUUUGCCUUGAACGGGCGACGCUUGCCGCCGAGCUCCAGGCUGGCCGUGGAUAUGCGACCCCACGAACGGCAGCGGCGACCUUUGCGGCCUUCCAUGUCCUGCCCUGAUUUGCAAAACAACAACGGCGUCACCGACGUGAAUGGCUGCCAUUUGUCUGAGAAGACCCUGGCGGCCCUGGAAGCGGCCAUGAAGGAGGACGAGCCGCCUCCUGCGCCCCCAACCUCACCCGUGGCUGCGACCGCAAGUCGACAGCUGGAUCGAGGGAAGUUUGCCUCGAACAACUCGCGGAUCUCGAAAGCGCCGGAGGCGGAGCAGGAGCGGCCGGUGUCUGCCGGGUCCAAGGCCUUUGGGAAAGCCUUUGAAGCGGCGAUGGAUGCUGCGAAAGACGCCAAAGCCGCAGUGUCCGACCCCUUCGCCAUCUUUUUGAAGGUGAGCGCGCAAGCCGAGAACAGCAGGAAGCCUGUACCGGUGCUGCCGAAGCGACCUGCGAGGCAGACGAUGCAAGAGAGUUACCGCGUCAUCGUGGGCAAGGAUGCCUUGAAUCGGGUGGAGCAGCAGCUUUUAGAGGCUGGGGUGGACAUGCGUGGUGCCUACCACCGCACUGGCCGAUGAGAGACGUCAUGCCUGGACCAGUUUUUUGACAAUCUUGUCACGUAGGAAAGAUGAAUGAAAU